UGUGUUUACCACGAAAUAUGUGCCUCUCAUAGGUGACAGUUGCUGGUCACCUUGAUGACGUGUGCACCGGGAUGCUGGAGAGCGAACGGGAGAAAGCUCUCUCCUGUACCGACCGUCGACGAGACAGUAUCGCUUCCUUACCGUUUUAAUAUAUCGUGUUGUUUAUUUAUAUUAUACUAAUAUUUUAAUGUGUUACUUUUAGAAAUAUACGUUAACCAAAGAACACAAAAGUGGCGACGAGGAGAAAAAAAAGCCUGACAACGUAGACACACAAAAGCACGUUAGAAGAUACACGAUGCUGAACUCAGAUGACCCCAACAGUGACCAACAGCCAUCGCGGAGCAGCCAUGAAAGCCACCGGCAAAGCAGCGUCCCUGAUCCGAGUACCGCUUGGAUACAUGAAAUGUUCAAGCAGCAGCAGAGCAUCCUACACCAACAGCAGGAAGCAUUUAUGAAGCAGCAGGAAAGUUUUUUAACCCGGAUGAUGUCGUCGAUGAACGUGCGUGAGCCGAACGGGCCGGAGUUUUUAGUCGAAUCAUUGGCGAAACAAGUGACGGAGUUUCGGUACGAUCCUGAGGAAAAUGUUACCUUUGCUGCGUGGUAUAGGCGGUUCGAGGGGCUUUUUGAGAAGGAUGCUGCUAAAUUGCCAGAUGAUACCAAGGUGCGAUUGUUGUUGCGGAAACUUGGAGUGGCAGAACAUGAGCGAUACAACAGUUAUAUAUUGCCGCAGAAAGCAAGUGAUUUUUGUUUCGAGGAAACAGUAGUGAAACUGCGCGCGCUGUUUGGAUCAAAAGAAUCGUGCGUCAGCAAGCGAUAUAAGUGCUAUCAAAUGCAAAAAACGAGCUCUGAGGAUUACGUUACGUUUUCGUGCCGGAUAAAUAAGGCUACCGAAGAAGCGGAACUAGCCGGGCUCAGCAUAGAGACACAGAAGUGUUUGAUUUUCGUGUGUGGCCUGAAAGAUGAGCAGGAUGCCGAUGUGCGCAUGAAAUUGCUGAGCCGUAUGGAAGAAAAGAAGGAUAUUACUCUGGCACAACUAGCGGAGCUGUGUGAAAAACUAACGAACCUCAAAAGAGAUACAACCUUGCUUGCGGGUGAAAGUAAAGUCCAAAUGAUUGGCCAAGAAAAGUGUCGAAGCACUAAGGGAAAGUGGCAAGGUAGUCGGAAGCUACACCAACGUCCGGAAAAGCAGAGUAGAGUGCAAUGUUUUUUAUGCGGCGAAGGCCACUGGGCUAGAAAAUGCACAUUUAAGCAUCAUAAAUGCAGCAAGUGUUUUAAGUUUGGACAUAAGGAAGGAUUUUGCAAUGCAGCGUCUCGGUGGACGAACAGAAUGCGGCAAAAUCGCAAUGUAAGAAGCGUGACGGUUAAUACGGUCAGGAGUGGACGUGGAUGCGUCAGAGUUGUCAUCAAUGGCACACCGUUGGAAAUGAUGCUUGAUACAGGCGCUGAUAUAACGAUUAUUUCGCGUAGACUGUGGCAUCAUGUUGGAAAACCUGUAUUGAAACCUUCAAAGGUUAAAGCGAGAACUGCAUCUGGUGAUUUGUUGCACAGCUUAGGCGAAUUUGCUGGUUCCAUGAUCGUAGCGGAACAAUGCAUGAGUUGCGUGAUUCGAGUAACUACGGCGGAUUUGGCACUUUUUGGGAAAGAUGCCAUGGAUAUAUUCAACCUUUGGGAUGUGCCGCUGACGUCAGUUUGUAAUCGCGUUGGUUUGGAUGAACCGUGCAGUGAAAUAUUACAGAAGGAGUUCCCAAAACUUUUUUCCGGCAAGCUAGGUUGCUGCACUAAGGCGAAAAUUCAGUUGGAGCUGAAAGAAGGUGCAACGCCUGUUUUUCGUCCGAAGCGGCCUGUAGCCUGUGCGAUGUUUCAAGCGGUGGACAAGGAGCUUGAACGGCUGGAAAACGAUGGAAUAAUUUCCAAAGUGGAUUACUCAGAAUGGGCGACGCCAAUUGUUGUUGUGCGUAAGUCAAACGGAACUAUACGAGUGUGCGGAGACUACUCGACGGGCUUGAACGACAUGCUGCAACCUCACCAAUACCCGCUUCCUCUUCCUCAAGACAUAUUUGCAAGUCUGGCCACCUGUACGAUUUUUAGCCAGAUAGACCUUUCGGAUGCUUUCCUUCAAGUAGAGGUCGAGGAAGUUUGCCGGAAACUGCUAACUGUUAAUACACAUAGAGGUUUGUACGCGUACAACAGAUUACCCCCAGGGGUGAAAACAGCACCGGGUGCUUUUCAGCAGCUGAUGGAGGUUAUGCUGGCAGGUCUGGGUGGCGUUGCUGUUUAUUUGGACGACAUUGUGGUUGGUGGACCAAAUGAAGAAGCCCAUAUGAAAAAUCUUCGAGCUGUGCUUAAAAGAAUUGAGGAAUAUGGCUUCACCAUACGAUUGGAUAAAUGUUCGUUCCAAAAGAAGCAGAUAAAGUACUUGGGCCAUUUGUUAGAUUCGAAGGGACUUCGACCAGACCCUGCUAGGAUUGAAGCUAUCCUCAAUUUGCAAGUUCCUACUGAUGUAACAGGAGUGAGAUCGUUCCUUGGAGCAGUGAACUAUUACGGCAAGUUUGUAAGAAACCUCAGUAUGGUACGUCAUCCGCUGGAUAGUCUUCUUAAGGAAGGAGCGAGUUUUACGUGGACAAAACAAUGUCAAGAUGCUUUUGAUCAGUUCAAGGCAAUUCUUUCAUCAGACCUGCUCCUGACUCACUACGAUCCGCGUCAAGAGAUAAUAGUUGCGGCGGAUGCCUCUUCCUUCGCAUUAGGAGCGACUAUUAGUCAUAGGUUCAAAGACGGGUCGAUCAAGGUUGUGCAGCAUGCAUCACGGACGUUGACCAAAACAGAACAAAAGUAUAGUCAACCAGAUCGAGAGGGUUUAGCUAUUAUAUUCGCUGUGACCAAAUUUCACAGGCUGGUUUAUGGAAGGCAUUUUCGACUACAAACGGAUCAUAAGCCGCUGCUGCGAAUAUUUGGAUCCAAAACUGGUAUUCCAGUGUAUACUGCCAACCGGUUACAGCGUUAUGCAUUAACGCUGCUUCUGUAUGAUUUUCAAUUGGAGUACGUGCCUACAGACAAGUUUGGUAAUGCCGAUGUGUUGUCGAGACUAAUAGCUAAACAUGAAAAACCUGAAGAUGACUACGUGAUAGCAAGCAUUGAAAUAGAAGAAGUCUUACGAUCUGUUGUGAACAGUGUGAGUAAAGCCCUACCGUUGAAGUUCAGUGAUGUUGAACGCGAAACGAAAAAUGAUGCUCAAUUGCGGAAGGUGUAUGAAUUCACUAGAAAUGGAUGGCCACAUGCAGCAGUGAGAGACAGGACUUUGAGCAAUUUCCACAGUAGGCGUGAGUCCUUAUCUACAUUUGGUGAUGGUCUCCUUUUUGGAGAAAGGUUGAUAAUACCAUCGUCGCAGCGAUACAAAUGUUUGCAGCAGCUACACCUAGGCCAUCCAGGGAUAGAACGGAUGAAGGCCCUGGCUCGAAGCUAUGUGUACUGGCCUGGCCUUGAUUCGGAGAUUGAGAGCCUUGUUAAAUCGUGUCGACAGUGUGCAAUGGCAGCCAAAUCACCUGUAUCCAGUUUACCAAUCUGUUGGAUGAAAGCGAAUGCGCCGUGGCAGCGAGUGCAUGUGGACUAUGCUGGUCCUAUCGAGGGUGAUUAUUUUCUGCUAGCGAUCGACUCUUUUUCAAAGUGGCCGGAAAUCAUCCCUACUAAGACAAUAUCAUCAACAGCCACCAUUCGCAUUCUUCGCAAUAUAUUUGCACGUUUCGGUAUGCCAACUGUCCUCGUGAGCGAUAAUGGAACUCAAUUUACAAGCGCAGACUUUGCAGAGUUCUGUAACACAAAUGGUGUUGAGCAUAUCCGUACGGCACCCUUUCAUCCGCAGUCGAACGGACAGGCGGAAAGGUUCGUCGACACCUUCAAAAGGGCGCUUAAGAAGAUAAGAGAAGGGGGAAGUAGCGUAUCAGAAGCAUUAGAUACCUUUCUAUUGACAUACAGGAGUACGCCGAGCAAACUGUUGGAGCAGAAAUCACCUGCUGAAUUGAUGUUCAGCCGAAAGAUAAGAACUUGCUUGGAACUGCUACGUCCACCACAAAGAUUAGAUCCUGUAUCAGAAGGUAAUCCGAGAAAAUUUAAGAUGAACGACCUGGUGUAUGCAAAGCAAUAUCGUCGGAAUAGCUGGAGAUGGGUUCCAGGUAUGAUCAGCGGACGCAUCGGUAGAGUGAUCCCUACUAGCAAUGAGAAUGAAAAAGUGUGCGACUUUCAGGCGAGGGGCAUGUAGAAGCAUGGGGAGACGGUUGGAAAUUCGCGGAAUUACGCGGAGGCGCGUGCGUGUUUUGGUUUCUACACAGUUUUUGCACUCACACAAUUACACAUGUGUGAAUGUGUGCGUUCACUUUCAGCCUGCGCGCUCAGUUUGGUUUUCUCGCAGCGGCAUGCGGGUAUCGGUGUCUCGCUCGCACUAGUGCAGCGAGUGUUCCUCUGUGCGCUCCCCUUCUUGCCACCACACGAAAUCGUCAGUUCAGCUCAAGCGUUCGCCGUGAAAGGCUGCGCGCGUGUUAGCCUAAGUCCCGGGCGAUCGAAGUUUCGCUAAGUGUUGAAGUGUUGUGCACAUUGAAAUGAAGCUGCGCUUUUCUUUCACCAUUUAUCUUAAAUGUGUGAUAUGCGCUGCUUUAUUUCAAUGUUUAUUUUUGCUGUAUCGAACAUCAACAACGGGAUCCACGCAGUUUGACGGCUCUUUGAAAUACGACGAUUUUUUUAUAUUAAGAAUUUGUGUGAUUUUGUGGCAAGAUUGUGUGAAGCUAUGUGUGAAAAUGCCCCUUUAUUUGCAAUAAAAGUGAUAAAAUAUAAACCAA